AUGGAUGAAUUUGAUAUACCUUCCCGGAUUGAACCUUUGCCUCCCCCCUUAAACCCUAUGGAAGCUAGCAAAAUAUUAUAUCACCUGGACCUUAUGAUUCCUGUCUUAAAAGCCGAGGAUUGUACAGCAGCUUUGUUCAGCGCGGGGAUGGAGACUAUCCACAACCGUUUUCCUCUUGAAGCAUGGUUGCACAGAUAUACAGAUGGCUCAAAGCUUGAGAUGGAUGGCGUUACCGGCGCUGGUAUUUUUUGUGAGCAUUUCUCCCACUAUCUUUUGUUGGGAACAGCCAAGACCGCUUUUGAUGGUGAGGUUGAGGCAAUCAAAGUAGCUUCAACUCAUUUAAAUGCUCGUCCUUCUCUUUUCGAUCAAGCUGCCAUCAUCUCGGAUUCCCAAGCUGCGAUUCUGGCCAUUGCCAACUACUCUCAAGCCCCUAGCUCUUUGUCCAUUGUGAAAUGUAGAUUCUUUAAUGACAGAGAUGGGUGA